GACCUAGAUGAACGUCUGUCUCCAGUCAGAUGGGCUAUCUUCACAGCCGGUGCGGUCUCCUUUCUCCUCGGCAUCACCGGUAUGCAUGGAGCUCGUAAGAGGAACAAGAACGUCCUGAUCACGGUACGUUCAGUUCUUAAAAGGGGCAAUCUGGGAUUCAAACAAUGCCAUCAUCCUGACGCUAUUUUGUAAACCGCUGAGGGAUGCGGCUUGAAAAAUGUAACCGCUCUCAAAUUCACUCUCAAACUAUAAGACGGUUGAACUGAGCUCAUGAGGCAUUUAUGAGUUAUAUUCUUCAAUAAUAAAUAGCUGUAUAUCGUUAAUUGACAAGUCAGAAAACCGAUGGAUCAAUCCCAGAUUUCCCGUUUAUUAAAGCCAAAAUCUCAUUGGUAAUGUCAACGAAUUAAAUACUUUAUUAUUUGACCCCUUUUACAACUAAGACCAAGUCAAGUAUAUCACGGUGUACAGUGUAUUGCCCCCCCAAUAUAAUGUUUAUGAUUUACGUUAUUCAUGAGGUGAUGUAGUAUUCAGUUGGAUCUUGUCUUCGAUGCUUUGGACUGGGGUUUCUGGCCUACUAUCUUCCUCCACAGGUAGGACAGAAUUACAAGUUAAAGUCUAUAAAAAUAAACAAAUAUUUUUAAAACAUUGAUAUUUAUUUAAUUGUGUCCAAUCAAUUUUUUUUAUAUAUAUUUUUUAGUUUCCAAAUAUGAUUAAAGCCUUGUAUGAAAAGUACAUCCCAUUGCACACAAACGGAAGAGAUCUGGUACCAGGACUGACGGCAUUACAAACCAUUGUAAGUUAUUAUCUAACAGGAUGUGGUUUUAUAUGAUCAGUUAAACUGGUCUAAACCAGAUCUUUAGAAACCGGCCACACCCAUGUAAUUAAAUAUUUAACUUUACUCAACAACAAAAAUCAGAAAAACAAAAGUUGUCCUGAAAAAAUAAUUUUCCAAAUAUUUAACUCUGUUAAAUAUUUUAAUUAAAUGUGUAUUGUCUUGCCACGUUUCGUGUUUCCCUUUUCUUAAAUUUGAACAGGGGGAAUGCUGUGGAUUGGUCAACGGGUAUGAAGAUUGGGAUUCUCAUGUCCCCUCAUCCUGUUACUGCUCUCCUCUCCAAGGAGAGUCCUGUGUUCUUACUGAGGUCAGACUGGGUCUUACAUCUACAGAAAUUAGACUAUGACUGUCUGUACAUUCACUGUAUACUUGUAUGAACUGAACACAGAAAUCCAUUUUAUUUUCUCCUGUAUACAGCAUGGAUAUUUUUACAAACAAGUGAGUGUUGGUUUUCCUAUACAUGCAGUAGUCUAGUCAUUAUAAUAGCUAGACGUAACAUAGAGCUGUUGGUGGUGUUGUUGUUCAUUUUUGUAAUUCCUUCUUUGUUGGUAUUAUUUCAGCCCUGUCUUGAUCUACUUGUGAAUGUGUACGUGGACAUGAAUAUUGUGAGGAACAGCUGUAUUUUCUAUGUGGUCUUUACGGUGAGUGCAGUACUUGUACCGCAGAAAGGUCAGGGUCAGAAAUAUUUUAGCUAUUUUCACACCCACAAUGAUCGGCGCAGUUGCUGGCAUUGGCGCGAAAGGGCUGGGUUUUGAUGAAUAAACAAGUCUUGCCUUGGAAUAAACUCCAAUUCCAAAUUAAGUCCAUUAUAGUUUGUUAAAUAGCUUACAGAAACGAAAUAAUAAAAUGUAGACCUAUCCCAUCUUUGCUAAAUAUGUUAACUUGAACCUGUUUGCAGUCCACAUUGUUUGAAGUAAUCAAAUGGCUUCAAUAUGGAAAUAUAAACAUAGCAUUCGCCCUGAUCUAGCGGCUAGGCCUACUGUAAUUUGCAUUAAGGCUGAGCAUGGACAUGCCAAAUGUUGACAAUAAGCGAGAUUGAAUAUACUAAAAAGAGAGCAAGUAAUUCUAAUCAAAUUCUAAACAAAACGAAAACGACAGCUUGACAAAGAUCCAAUAUAAAGACAAUGGGAGAAUGUCCACUCACCCUUAUACUGCUUCCAAAUAUGUUUUAUAAACAUAUUGCAACCAUCUUACAGAUUGCAUUCACACUUCUCCGGAAGUUGCAUUGCAGGCGCGCCACGGACGUUCUCACCAUAAAACCAGGACGGUGAAUCAUUCUAAUAAGUUUGGUAUUAAUCAAAUUCUACAAAAAACAAGCAAUCUGUUAGUUUUUUUUCACCAACAAUAAAUACAUGUAAAAUGUAGCCUAAUGAUGUCAUAAAUUCUCCAGCAUAAAUACAGACAUGACGCAUUGCUGUUAAAACCAGUCUUCGUUAUAGUAUAUAUAUAUAUAUAUAUAUAUAUAUAUAUAUAUAUAUUUAUUAUUUAGCAGACGCUCUUAUCCAGAGCGACUUACAUGAGCAAUUAGGGUCAAGUGCCUUGCUCAAGGGCACAUCGACAGAUUUUUCACCUAGUCGGCUCGGGGAUUAGAACCAGCGACCUUUCGGUUACUGGCACAAUGCUCUUAACCACUAAGCUACCUGCCGCCCCAUAGUAGGCCUAGGGUAAGGGUUUUCGGAUUUUUUAAAAUAGGAAACGGAAAAUGAACCAUUUUUACAAGAAAAAUUACUUCCAAAUAGAGGUUCGCCGGUAUUCACCAAGGUUUUAAUCUCUCGUUUCAUGAUGGGCAUUGACACACGUAGCCUUCAUCAUAAAGGGGGUUUACGCACGGGAGUUGCAGUGCUAAAAUAAUGUAGGCCUGCCUACAAUACACAGAUAAAAAGGGAAUGUCAGCUCAAUGUUUUUACUCCUCUCAAACUUGAUCUUUUAAUAAAGCUUCUGUGAUGAAGAAUAAUUUCCAAGCAGUCUCAGGAGCCACACACUUUAUUGACGGUUUUGACUAGCCUACUUGAUUACAUUGGGCAGGACAAAAAGAAAACAGCCUUCAUUGAUAGGAACGGAAGCUAUGCUUGGUUUUUAAUAAAAUAAAACGAAAUGAGGGGGGAAAAUAGUGUUUUAGGUUUCUAAAUAUGAAGUAUACAGGCACCAAAUCACAUCUUGUUCCAAGCACAUAUGGGGCAGUGCGCGUCACGGCUGGAUAGGCUGCGUUUCCUGCAUUAAUGCUAAAAUAUUUCCACCCCUCCCACCUGAGCACAAGCAUACUGAUGUUAGACAGGUAAAUUGCUGAACCUGGAGUUAGGGCUGGAAAAUGCCAGUGCGCCAGUUUUUACAUGACGAAAUUGCAAACUAACAUGCAUUUGACACUAGCAAUGCCUUAAAAGAAAAUUCCACACGAAAACAAUCUUUUGGUAUUUGUUUCAUUAGUCCAUUGUUGACAGUCCCAAAAAAGUUUUGCAUAUCAGCACUCAAGUUUAAGAUAUGCAUCAUAAGGGGAUGAUUUCUGUAUUUUGAAAGUUACAUAUCUUGAAAAGUUGCGCCAGCUGAAAAUAGAGCCCCAUAGUGUGAUAUAUUUAGUCUGUUCUUUGAAUACUGCUUAAGCAACAAGUAUUAAACAACACAUUUGUUUACAAUAUUCAAGAUAAUAUCUUGUAGGUUGAAUAUAAAAACCCAUUUCAUUGUCUCUUACUUGCAGGCCAUUGAAAUGCUUCUGGCUUUGGUAAUGACCCGAAGAAUCAAAAAAGACUCCUCGGCUGAGGUGACCGAGGCUCUUCGUUAUGGAAAUGCUUCCAACAUGGAAAUGGCAACGACUCAUCAAGCUCCUCCCAUGCUGCCUGCCACACAAGCUCCUCUCAUGCUGCCUUCAACACAAGCUCCUCCCAUGCUGCCGUACUCACAAGCUCAUCUUUACGCCAGCGCUUAUUACCCGCCCCCUCCUCCGUACCAGUACUAUGGGAAAAACUAGAGGGACGUGACUGACCAGCGAACCCAUGUUGAAUUUCCUCAUUGGUUACGGCUGGACUAGGGUUAGGUUUAAGGUUAGGGUCGGGGUCAGUUACGGCUGGACUAAGGUUAGGUUUAAGGUUAGGGUUGGGGUCAGUUACGGCUGGACUAGGGUUAGGUUUAAGGUUAGGGUUGGGGUCAGUUUUAGUGUUUUGCCUUCAUUGGACUGCCAACGUGUUGCACCCCAAUAUGCCUUAGUAAAGGCAGAGCACUUCUGUUAAUGUGAGGCAAUAUAGAAGUUUGUUAGUUCUGGAAAUAACGUGGCCGAGGGAAAGGGUCCAUUGCAUUGUCAAACAAUCACCCACAUGAAGCACCAGUUUUCCUAUCUGAUUACUCCUCUAACGUCAAAUAAAGUUUGUCUCAUUUUCUAAAGUUCUAAACCAUGUGUAAUUCUGUGAAUAAUUUGUUGGCUUUCAGUGAUGCGUGAUGUGUAUAAAGGGUUCAUAUUUUCCUUGCUAAGGUUGUCAGGG